CAAAAUAAUUCUUUAUGAACAUCAGAUCAAGUGGUCAGAGUGUUGGAAUAGAAAUCUUUUCAAAAAAGCAAUUAAUCGUUUCGCUUGGUAGAUUUUUCCGGAAAUUUCACGGUUUUGCUGUUAAAGCAAACGGUUUCUACACCACUGUUAUGGGAGAGACAGCCAGACUGGAAGUUUUGUGGAUGAUUUUUGAGCCAAUAACAGACUGAAGAAUUUCCAUGGUAAGUUUUUGAGUAAAUAUCGAGUAGAAAUCCUCUCUCACAGAGAUGUCUCGGAGCAUUCAGUUUGCACAAGUUCCCUGAUAGUUCAGAGAUCGUAGCUGCCCUGUACUCUUCUUAAACUCACUUAUUUAGCGAUAUGACUUUGAAGUUAAAGAGGUAUUUUUCCGUCGCUAACCGCAAAAACCUUGAGAAUGACAACAGUAAUGAAUAGCCACAAAUCAUAGUUUUCGCUGUUUUGCCGUCAUACAGGGAGAGUUAACUUUGUCGAACGCAGAAUGAUAAUUCUUUUCAAAGACUGUUAUUUAAAAUGUUUCUUCUUUUCUGUUUAGAAACCAGCACUAUGAGAAUUGCUGACAACUUCCCACCAUCAAAAAGUUCUGUUACGACAGUUGACGCCGAAAACUCGACGUUCCAUUUACAAUGGGGUAAGCGAUAGCGAUGUGUGCUUUAACCUCGUAACCAAAAGAAAACUCAAAUCAAUUAUUGCUAAGUUGAGCGUUCGGGAAACAAAGUUAAGUUCGAAACGAGAACGUGAUAGUCGAAAUGAAAAGAAAAAAACCGAGUAUUUUUAGCUUCUGAUGGGUGAAUUUUGAGAGCUUAUUUACGUAAAUGGAGUCGGUAGAAAUGGCGGGAGUUUGAAGAACAAUACUCAACAAAAAUCCGGAAUUUUUAAGGAAGUACGGAUGUCUAUAGACGUUCGCAAUCUAGCAGCGGAAUGAAUAAGUUCUAUUUCUGUUUUUCGUAAGAAGUUAACACCGAUAAAUAAAAUCAACCAGAAUUUAACGAGUUAUUUUUAUGUCUCACUUGAAAACUUGAUCCUAGACCUCGUUAACGUUUCCGUGAUUUUUUUGUUUUGUUUCGUUCUCUUACAAGUACUGUCACGAUUUAAGUGUUAGAGUCCGAAUCUGCAAGAGAACAAUCUCUUCUGUAUGUUUUUUUUUUGCUUUGAUUUUCGUCGGGGAAAUGGUCUAGCUAAUAUCAAUGCUCAGAAAUGUCCAAUAUUCCAAUACUAAACUUAAAAUCACUUAUCAUCAAAGCGAAAGAAAAAAGACAAAUCCCUUACACGACUUAAUUUUGUUCUUAUAUCCGGUGAACAGAGAAUAACAGCAUUUUAUAGCGGGUUCAAUUCUUCUGAAGGUGUUAAAAGUACUUCGAACAGUGUUUCCGAUAUUGAUGGAACUGAAAACCUUAAUGUGGAAGCAUCACGUUUAAAAGAUAGCCUAAAUUUCAUUAUUUGAAUGACUGAAAGAUAGGGGUACAUGAUAAUAAGCGCAGAUAAUUUCUUUAAUGAGAAGCGAAACGGAAAGCGCGGCCUAACAUCUUUGCGUCUGACUCCGUAUGAGCAGCAUUAAGGUGCUGCUCGAGAUAAAACAAUGGCUUGAUAAAAUCAUUAAGAACAUCACAGCUAAACCAAUAAUCAAACUAAUAUUUUUCGAAACUAUUUUUGGUCUUACAUAACCCUUAGUGUCCGUACGGGACUAUGCUUGGGAAAAAGUAUCUGUCGUUAUUUGGGUGACGAAGAUAUACCCUCUUUUCUCCAUCUCUGAAACGAGUAAAAGUCUGAGGACGUCUUGACGCCAGUUGAUAUUCAACUCUUGUCUAAUGGAGCGAAAGAAUUUCCUCUGAUCUCCUCACUAUGUAACGAAAAUGUAGAAAAAUAAACAUUAUAAUGGAAAACCUUGUAACAUUUUUAUAGUUUUCCAUUCAUACAGUUUCCUCAUUUUGUCAGUUUAAAAAUAUAUACGUCUGUGUCUUCCUCAUUUUUUAUGUCACACAUCAAGAAUUUUGAGAAGACAACAAAUUUAUGGUACUCUUCUAAUUGGUUUUGAUAUGGCUGGUUGUUUUUUUUUUAUUUUUAGUUCGGCAUUUCUAGCAGGUUCCUCGAACUCUUAAAUGGCCUUUCUGCUUGAUUUCAUUUUUCAUCCAAAUGAUCGAAAUAUCGAUUCACCUGAUGCAAUAUUGCAUCAGCCUGGUAUCGUUAAGACCCUCUAAUUGUCAUUUCUUCCAGUGAUUCUUUAGUCAUGACGGAGACCUCCCAAGAAAACAUCUAUCAAACAAAAUAAAAUCAGUUUACUUGUCCAACAUUACGCGAGUGCCUCGAAGUGUUUACCGUCUUAGACGGCGCCAGAUCUCCUCUUUAGCUUAACAUGUUUAGAAAGCUUUGAGAACAAUCUAAAUAGGGAAAACUGAGUAAUGUUUUGAAUGCUCUCUUGUUGUUGGCACGUAAGAGCUUUGCAAAGGAAGCUGAUUAAUACGGCCAUCAAAAUCAACGAGACAUGGCAAGUGUCCUUUAUAACCGGGUUUCCCUAAACUGAGUUACACAUGCGCAAAACUAGGUUUCCCCUCUUGAUUUCAGUCAUCGUCACGCUUUAGUUGUCACAGCUUUCCUGGCCUUGGACAAAAUCACAACCAUUUGCAUCGCUGGGGUUUUAUGCUGUAGUCCUGUGUUAAAUAUCAAAUCGUUAUAACUUGGAUAACUGAGAAGCACUUACUUGAAACUACCAGUACCUGAAAAAUACUCUCUUUUGCUGUAAGAAGCAUUAAUUCUGUUUUUGCAAACAUGAUUCUUAAAUUCUGGUCGCCAUUUCAGAGAGGGGUCUACACGGGAGUAGGAGAAACGUUUGCUAAAAUGUAGGCAAAACUGCAGGUUAAAAGUAAGAUAGUUAUCUCACGUUGUUGCUAUGCCAGGACGUAUCCAAGGAGGCUCGAUGUAGUUUCACCAUCAUUCACGACACUUUUCUUUUUAUAUUUCAUUUUUUACGGAACAAUAUAACCGUGACUCUUCGGUAAAGUCACCAGAGUAACACUAAAUCCUUUCAGAGACGUAUCCACUUUUUUAUUAGAAACACCUGCAUUGUAGGAUGAUUAAAAAAUACCCUGCAUCUUAACUGUUUUUUUUUUUUUAACUUGACUUCAAGACAAACUUUUUUUUGCUGAUUCGAGAAUUUUUUUGAGAACGUUUGAUGUUGCUAUAGUAUAUUUCACUUAGAAACGUUUAUCACAAAUUCUUAUGUAAUGAUAAAGAAAAAAAGGGAAAUAUAGAAUGACUGGGAUAGCUCAAAUACAUAAAAAAAAAAUCGGUGUCAGAAGAAAUGAAACCCUUUUGAGCAACCUAAAUACAUUUUGGCAAUGCCUCACUCUCCCACUGGAUAUGAUAUAAAAAUAUAUAUGUGCUUUUAGGGAAAAAGUGUAAUUUUGGAGGCCGGAUCCGCCUGUCGAUUAUAUUAGUCACGGGUAUUAAUUAAAGCUGCCGACAAAUUUUAAUCUUUGUCAUAUAUUUUUUCUUCACAGCUUUCAUUGUCGCAGCUGUUUGCGGUGGGUUGCUGUUUAGCAUGCUCGUGGUUCUUCUUGUGUGGCGAUCGCGUGUCCGGUGUAAAAGUUGCCCUAAUGAAAACAACAACCUGCCCGAGAGAACAAUAUCACGCGUGUCUUUUAAAAUCCCACAGCCUAAAAUCGAACCGAUCCUCAUUCCCACGCAGUCACGAUAUCCACAGAAAGAAAAUGACGAGUUUGAACCAUUCCUAGAUCCUGAGAUUUACAGGUAAUAAUUGCAGACCAUUAUGAAAAAAAACAUUCUCUGUAACAGUCGACGAUAUUAACUCAAGUGGUUCUCGUGAUAUCCAGAAUUAUCAAAGUCUUUAAGGUCAAUAUCAGCCUGUGUCUCGGACCUAUUCAUUUGGGCAAAACGUGUCACGUCAUUUUGCCAAGUUGUGCACAAGCCGUGUCACGAUAAGUUUCCUGUGUAAUGUCAUAUUACAAUCAAGUCGCGUGACGCAAUGUCACCUGAUGCUGUACAUUGCCGUGGAUUGUGUCCCCUUUGUUGUCAUAUAAUGAUCCUUGAACUAAAAAUUAGAGGUACUGCCUUUUUAAGAUAUUUUUAUGUGUGUAUCGGAAGCACAAUUUUAAUCAGCGAGAUAAAGUGUGGUGUCGUAUUGUAUCAUGGUGUGUCAUAUCAUAUCUUAUUGAAUGGACUGGAGUGUUUUACCGUGAACUAAAACACUUGCAGAAUCAUUCGACCCCCACAUCCGAGAACUGAGCGGCAUAUUUCUUGUAUUUGAAACGAGUGGUCAUAUCGAGCGACGACGUCACGAUUCCCGCCUUUGGGCAGCAGGCAUUUAGUUUGUAUUAAUACCCUGUAUUUGUGUUAAAGCCAGCUUUUCAAUCUUUACUAUGUAUAUUUAUUGUCCAUAAUAAAUAGAAACUGUGAUCACUCGUUAGCUCUAGAUAUGAAUUUUAUGUUCCCGUGGCUAGAACAAUAUUUCACCAGGUCGCUGCGCUCACUCGUGAGAUAUUGUUCUUGCCACUCAAACAUUAAAUUCAUAUCUUCUCGUCACCGUGUAAUAUCCUCUACAUUUGUUAUCGCAUUAGUUAUUUCAUGGUAUCAUGUUAUUUCUUACAUUUCAUAUCAACCUCCUGUAAGCCUUUCGUUAUUGAUUUUUCUUGUUUUCAGAGAAGAAGUGACAGGGGAAGGAUCGCCAUUCCAGGGCUCAGCUAGACUCUCUUUCUCUUUAUCUUACGACAAAUUCAGCGAGGAGCUCAAAGUCUGUCUCAUUCGAGCCACUCGUUUAACACCAAUCGGAGAAAACGUCACGGUUACACCAUACGUAAAGAUAUUUCUUCUUCCAGACAAAAAGCGAAAAGCUCAGUCAAGAGUGCUGCGCAGAACAUCCAAUCCACAGUUCCAUGAAGACUUUGUUUUUAUGGUUUCACCGGUAGAUCUACCAAACAGAACUCUUGAAUUUACAGUCUGUGAAUUCGAUCGAUUUUCCCGUCAGCAGGUUAUCGGUCACGUGAGAUAUCCUUUAAGAGAUGUGAAUGAUUUGAACUCAGUACAAGGGACAGGAGAGAUCUGGGUUGAUAUCAACAAUGAGGAUCUAAAGGUUUGUGAGUGCUGACACCGAACCGACUGAGCUCAUAAUGCGUCGACUAAUUCUAAGUUUCAACAUCCUCAUCUAAGGUACCACCCCCACCCCCGGGGCAUCUGAACUUUUGAAGAUUGGUUCAUUCAUCUUCCCGCCCCUUGGACCCAAAUUGUGUUUUUACGCCCCACCCAAGUGCCGGAUUUGACGAUCAAUUUUUUUUUUAUAAAGUAAAGAUCAGUGAAAUAGAAUUUAUAUUCAAUUACUUCACCAGCAAUUGAUUUGACUAUGCAAGCUUUAAAGCCUAGACCAUAUAGACCUUUUCUACUGAGCCAUACGCUCGCGAAAGUAAACUAUUUAUCUUUAAACGCUUCCUUAUCAAAAUAUAAAACACGCAUGUUCCGCUGGAAAGACUUGGCACUCCCGGGCAAGGUUGAAAUUUCCCAAAUGCCAGUGGGGGGAUGUCUAAGCUUCAAAUUGAUUGGCCCAUAAAUGACGAUUUUUCCACCUGUGAUGAUUAUAACAAAGAAGUAUCAAUUUGGAAUUCUGACCGUCUUUGGCAAACGCUUCAGAUCUUCCAGUUUUUAGCAAAAUAAGAACCAUUUUAGUUUGAACAAGUUUUUUUACCUCUGAGAAAAGAAAGAAAUACGAAUUUUACGAUUCAUAGUCUAACCUCGCGCCUAGGUCUCGCUCGUGUUUUUGAAAUUGCCAAGGGAGAUGUGGGUAAGGUACUUGACAUUGUUAGCCUUUUACAUCCUAACAUUAGAAUGCAUAUUCUUCAUACUGUUCUCUAUACAUUUCCUAAGAUGUUGACAAGGAGAAUUUGUGUCACAAUCAAGAGUUUCUUAAAUUGGUGAUCAUUUACUUUAAUCCAUGACCUAAACAUAUGAUUGAAGGGUUAUACUGUAAGGGAAAAUCCAGAGCAAGAUUCUCUUAUGGGUUAAAGGGUUAAUACGUUGGUUAUCGGUUUCAUUUUCAAUCAUUUCGUGAACAGAGGGUGCAGUGCGCUUCAAACAUUUGUUCCUCGACUAAUCUGGCAUUUCACCCUACGUUAAUGAAGAAAUUACAUCUCGUGAAAGAAUAAAAAUAAAUUGUGCAUGCAUAGCGCAAUGCAGUCAUUCAGCGCAUUUUUCAGGGAAAGUUAUUUUUGAGAUAAAAAACCUCUCGGUCAACUAUUAUCAGUUCCUGACGAAUAAUAAACACUUCCCAUAGAUUAAAAACUAGUUUGUUUAUGGUGUGAGAAUUCAUUUGGUACUUUUUGUUUCUCUUACAGAGUGGAAUAGAUAAAGGAGAACUACUGUUUUCUCUGCAGUAUCUACCUACCUCAUGUAGACUUACAGUGGCUGUCCUCAAAGCUAAAGAAUUAAAAUUGAACGGAGAAGACACAGAUUUGGGUAAGUUCUGUGACGAAGAUCCUAAAAUGUGGGAGAAAACCAGCUGGUAAUCAAAGCUUUCUUUAAUUUCUUCCUCUAAUAUCUUCACGCAUGCAUCAAAUUUGAGCAAAUAUAUGACUGUAAAUAAAUGAAAAUCAUAUGUGUGAACUGCGGUUGAAGAAAUGAAUAUGGAAGCGAUCCUCGCAGCUAUGAGCCAUGAACAUACGGGAUUUGAACCCAUGCGAUAAUGGUGCAGCGCUCUACCAACUAAGCUAGUAAGCCAACUGGGAGCUGGUCGUUAUAUUGGUUCCAAAUAGACCCUAGAGGUGAAUAAAUGACUGGAAAUGUAUGAGAAUCAUAUAUGCAAACUGCGGUUGAAGAAACGAAUGAACACUACUUAAGUAACAACAAAAAAAGGCCUGAAAAAAAUUCAGGCUCGUAUGGGAUUUGCACCUAUGACCUUUGCGAUACUGAUGCAUAACUGCGAGGAUAGCUUCCAUAUUCGUUUGACUCUGAUGAUGACUUCUAUCACAAGAUGCAACAGAAAAAUGUGAAAUUACGCUCUUAUACACAAAAUGGGCAAAUAUUUUCAAACUCGGAUUGGUACCAGUAGCGAAGUUAAGGUGCACCUACCGCUCCCCUAGCCCAAUAUUAACCCUGAGUUGUUAUCAGUUGACUGUUGUUGGCAGAGGGGGAGGGGUAGGUGUGCGGUUUCUCAGAUACGGACAUUGAUCCAAAAUUCAAUCAUGCAACUUUUGAUGUCUCUUUGCAAGCCGACAAUACAAUAGUCUGAGAAUAUUUGCAUUAUUUUGUUAACAGUUUUAGAGCUUCAUUGUGAAUCGUGUGGGAGCUACGUUCGCUCGACUCCUGUCGUUUGGCGUUCGAGCGAACGAAGCUUCAAAACUGUCGGUUGUCUGUGCGAAAAACGGCACUCUGAUGAGAAAUGAUAUCAAUUUUCAGAUCCAUAUGUCAAAGUGUCCAUGAUAAUGGGAGGAAAACCUUUGAAAAAACGGAAAACAAUUGUUAAGAAGAGGACAGUGUUUCCGGUUUACAACGAAGCUUUUGUAUUCUCCAUUCUCCCGUCUUGCCUCGAUCGCGUGAGCUUCAUGUUAUCAGUUUACACUGUACCGAGGCUUGGAGGAUCCAAGAAGCUGAUUGGCCGAGCAGUUGUAGGACCAUACAUGUACUCAACUGGUCAAGGGCUGUCUCACUGGAAUGAUAUGAUCGCUUCACCUCGAAACCCCAUAGCACAAUGGCAUACACUCAUAUGAGAUGUUCAUAAAUGAGUAAUUAUCAUUCUCAGUGUGCAAGCGUGCGCGGAUCCAGAUUGAACCCAGUGUUCUGCAGUAAUCAGGUUUUAGACAGUAAAUAUAUGACAGAAGUAAGGUUUUGAUAUUUAUUGCACAGUAAACUGGAAAUAGUGCCUUUUGCUUUCCAAUUUCAUUAAAUGUUUGUAGGUCCUAUAGAUGAAACUGUUGAGCUUACAGACGAAAGAGCUUGAAAUGAAUUUGGAUAAAAAAAAAAUCCAAAUUUUUGCUAGAAGGUGGUCUUUUCUUCUUGUUGUACGGGGUUGUUGUUCAAAGUUCAGAAAACGGUAUUAUGGUCUAUUGUUAACUCAUUCUUAGGAAUUUUUAGUUAGAAAACAGCAAGGAGAAAUAAAACAUGCAGACACUUAAAAAGAUUUAAAUAUUAAAGACAAAAAACAGGUUUACACUAAAUAUUUUUAAAUAGCAACAUCUUGAUAGUCUUACUGGGCAGUUUAAUUCUAGAGAUCUCCUUUGUAAAUCUUUGAAAUAUGUUAUACAUACCUAGGGUAGUGUGUUUCACAGUGUUUCAGCAAUUGGUUUGGUUGUAUUUUCUGGAAAAUUUUAGUCACUACAAUUUCAGAUGGCACCUGAAAUUGACAGUCAAAUUGCUGAAAAAAUCAUCAAGAGAAACAAUUUUAUGACUAUCAAUUGGUUCUCAAUUUAGUAUGUUGGUUCUUCAGUAUAUUACGUUUUAUUCCUGAUGUAAAUAAAAUAAGCAAUAUAUUCUAUAUUAAUACAUUUAUAUUAUUUUACUUGUACUUGAGGGAAUGAAAUUACCAUAAAAAGGAAAAUCUCUUUGGUUUUAUUUAAAGUCACAAAAAGAUCAAACAACAAAAACAAUUGAAAGAAAGUUUUAAAGGGUAGUUACAGUAAUUUAAAGAACUGGUAAAAGAGGACAGAUUGGAAAAUAUUAGGAGAGUUCAAUAUCACCCUGCAUCAACAACCUAGGAACAAGAAUGUAGGAAUGUACAGAGUUACAGAAAAAGUACUUAAAAAAUUCUAGGAAAAAAAUUAAGAAAUGAUGCUUGUUUUCCCCUUUCUAAACUUGCACAUGGUUUAUGCACCUAGCUGAUCAUAACCUUUCUAGGGCAAUUUAACCUCUUGACCCCUAACAGUGACUUACAUCUAAUUUCUCCUUACAAUAUCACCCCUGAAUCAAACAUGAGGGUCACAAGAAUAAAGGAACAGAUCAGCAACCAAAGAAGCUCUUGACUGUUAGACAAAUUCUCUUUGUCAGCACCAUGGGAAAUGUAUAGAGAACAGUAUGGAGAAUAUGCAUACAGAUUUUAGGGUGUAAAAAGGUAAAACAAAGUUCCUUCCAAAUGUCUUGUCUUACUAAAUGUCUCAACCACUAAUACAGUAUUUAGUUAAUAACCC